CCUGGCUCCACGUAGUUGGGCAGGGAGGGAGGAGCCGUCCCAGAGCCCGUUCCUCCGCGCGGGCGGAGUGCGUGAGCCAGGUUUUCCAGAUUCUGCCUUUUCCUAGACAGAGGAGUAGAGAAUGACUUCUGGGCUUCUGAUGGCCAGGUCAAUGGAACUGGUGACGUUCCAGGAUGUGGCCGUGGACUUCACCCAGGAGGAGUGGGGACGCUUGGAGCCGGGCCAGAAAGACCUGUACAGGGAGGUGAUGCUGGAGAACUAUCAGAACUUUGUCUCCCUUGGAGGACUGCCAGCCCCCAAACCUCAUGUGAUCUCCCAGUUGGAGAGAGGAGAAGCACCAUGGAUAGCAGAGAGAGAAGCCCUGGGAGGCGUUUGUCAAGAUUCCUUUAUUCAGAAUACAAGAUAUGAGAUCAAGGAGCCAUCUAUAAAUUAUGGCAUUUUUAUGGGAGCAUCAGCCAAGGAGAGACUCUCAAAGAAUCCCAUCUGGAAUUCUAAGUUAGGUGAAGCGUGGGAUUUUAAUGUCUGGUUGGAAGACCAUAGGGGGAAGGAGGAGAGAUGGUGCCAGCAAGUUACAGUGGGUCACAGAACAACUUCUCAAGACUUGGAUGUUCAUGAACAGAAUGCUUUUGGGAGAAGGUUCAGGUUAGGGUCUGUUCUCGUUCCCAGACAAAGAACUACUACAGGAAUACAGCACAGUCAACACGACACACUUGGAAAGAGCUUCAAACAGUUGUCAGACAUAAUUGACCAUAAUAGGAAUUCCUUAGGGAAGAAAAUCUGUAACUAUAAAUGCAAGAAGCCUGUCAUUUACCACUCAGACCUUUUUCAGUACCACAGAUUACACAGUGGAGAGAAACACCAUACCUGUAGUCAGUGUGGGAAAACCUUCAGCAGUAGCUCAUGCCUUAUUGCACAUCAGAGAAUCCAUACUGGAGAGAAGCCUUUUAAAUGUAACGAAUGUACAAAAGCCUAUCGGCGGAAGGCACAUCUUAUUCAACAUCAGAGAAUUCAUACUGGAGAGAAACCCUACGUGUGUAAUGACUGUGGAAAAGCCUUUAGCAUUGAUUCAUCCCUGGUUAAACACCAAAGAAUUCAUACUGGAGAAAAGCCCUACAAGUGUAGUCAGUGUGGGAAAGGCUUUAGCCAAAAAGGACACCUUAAUCAACACCAAAGAAUUCAUACUGGAGAGAAACCUUUUACAUGUAAUGAAUGUGGGAAAGCUUUUAGCCAGUAUAAACACCUUAAUGAACACCAGAGAAUUCACACUGGGGAGAAACCCUAUGAAUGUAACGUAUGUGGCAAAGUGUUCAGACAAUUUGGAAACCUUAGUAAACAUCAGAGAAUUCAUACUGGAGAAAAACCAUAUAAAUGUAAACAGUGUGGGAAAGCUUUCAUUGACAAUUGUGUCCUUAUUCAGCAUGAAAGAAUUCAUACAGGAGAGAAACCAUAUAUAUGUAAUGAAUGUGGGAAGGCCUUCAGUCGAGGGAUAUGCCUCAAGAAACACAAGAGAAUUCACACUGGAGAGAUACCAUACAAAUGUAAUGACUGUGGGAAAGAGUUCACUGAUAAAACAUCCUUUAUUUGUCACCAGAAAAUUCAUACUGGAGAGAAGCUUCAUGAGUGUAUUGACUGUGGGAAAACUUUUUGCCAGAAGGCAAACCUAAAAAAACACAAAAUGAUUCAUACUGGAGAGAAGCCCUUUGAAUGUAAUGAAUGUGGGAAAGCUUUCCGAGUGGUGGGACAGCUUAAUAUACAUAAAAGAAUUCAUACUGGAGAGAAACCUUUUAAAUGUAGUGAAUGUGGAAAAGCUUUCAGAGACAGGGGAGGACUUAGUGUACAUAAGGAAAAACAUGGAGAGAAACGUUACACAUGUAAUGACUGUGGGAAAACCUUCAGAAAUCGGGGAUACUUUCGUAUACAUCGGAAAACUCAUAAUCAGGAGAAACGUUAUAAGUGUAAUGAAUGUGGGAAAGACUUCAGCCUGAGGGAAUCCUUUGUUGUUCAUCAGAGAAUCCACACUGGAGAGAAGCCUUAUAAAUGUAAUGUAUGUGGAAAAGCCUUCAUUUACAAUACAUCCUAUAGUAAACAUCUGAGAAUCCAUACUGGAGAGAAGCCUUACACAUGUAAUGAAUGUGGAAAAGCUUUUACUCAGAAGCAUUACCUUACCGAACAUGAGAGAAUCCAUACUGGAGAGAGACCCUUUGAAUGUAAUGAGUGUGGGAAGUCCUUCAGGCAGAAGCAAACUUACAAGGCUCAUAAAAAAAUUCAUACUAGAGAUAAAUCACUUAAGUAUAAUCAAUGAGUGUUGGAAGGGCGUCUGUUAGAACACAUUUUAGAAUAUCAGUGAUUGCAUACUGUUGGACAAUUAACGUAAAUGCGGUCAUUGUGAAAAAGCUAUAAUUUCGACCCAUAGGGAAACCUACCACAUCAGAAUUCAUCUACGAUGAAGACUGUUGACUCUGGAACCAUGGAACGACUCUUGCAUGUGUGUUUAACUUCUUAUUACAGGGUUUGUGUGGAAAAUUUACUGUGGGGUUUUAGUAUGGGAAAUAUUUCAUAGGAUCACAAGGUCAUAGGCUUAAAGCUAGAAAGAACCUUAAAAGGACAUCGAGUCCAACUGCCUCAUUUUCUAGACUAGGACACAAAGGAAAAGUCGUUAAGUGACUUUCCCAGAAUCAUGUAGCCAGUAAGUAUAUGAGGCACUAUUUAAACCCUGACACAGUCUGGUGCCCCACCCACUAGUCUAUGCUUCCUUUAGUCUUGUUACUUGUUAAAUACUGAAAGUUAAAGUGUCAUUUUUUUCCCACAAGUUACACUAUUGUUUGGGGAUUUGAAAGGGAAAAUUAAUAAUCGUAGUAAUAAUAAAAAAAUGAAAACCUUUAA